GUUCAGACGGCACCUUCACAGCACGUUACAAUGCCGAGUUUCGUGAAUGCGUAUAUGACAUCGACGGCACCGGCAGGCAACUUUGCAUACAUGACGAGCCCUGUGGCCAACAUGGCGGUGCCCGUGCUGCCCAACAUGUUUGGCAUCACGGCAGCAGCUCCGUUUCAACAUUCUGCAGCCUUCGUACCGGCAGGCUCGUACGACGAUCCCGCAGCUGAGUUUAAGGCAGCCCCUGCCUACAACUACAAGGAUGCAAGAAAGGGCCAAGGGAAAGGAGCGAAAGGCAAGAACAAGAGCAACUCCCGCAACUUCAUCCUGGCCGCAGAUGGAACUUUGCUUCCCGCGCCCGAGAAUGACGAGUGCAUCAAGGGACCAGUCCCAGUGGGUGCACAGGAUGCUUCGGCUCCGGUUUUGGAAUCAUCCAGACCGGCGAAUGUGGCGCAGGCCCCGUCUUUCGGCAGAUUGCACAAGUUCCAUCCGGAAACAGCCCGGAUGGGGAAGCUGGUUCCAGAUGGCCGAACCUUCACCAAAGAGCAGUUUAUGGGCCGUCUGUCA